AUGAGAAGUCAGCUUAUCAGAAACACCAGCUUCACCAAAAACAUCUUCAGAAUGGUUCACCACAAAGUCACUAUCAUCGGGUCCGGCCCAGCCGCCCACACCGCGGCCAUCUACUUGGCCCGUGCCGAGGCCAAGCCCGUCAUGUACGAAGGGAUGUUGGCCAACGGCAUUGCCGCCGGCGGUCAGUUGACGACCACCACCGAGGUCGAGAACUUCCCCGGCUUCCCCGAGGGAAUCACCGGCACUGGAUUGAUGGACAACAUGAGAAAGCAGAGUGAAAGAUUCGGCACCCAGAUCAUCACCGAGACCAUCUCCAAGGCCGACUUGUCUCUGAGACCAUUCAAAUUGUGGACCGAGUUCAACGAGGACGAGGAGCCCAUCACCACCGACGGCAUCAUCAUUUCCACAGGUGCCUCCGCCAAGAGAAUGAACAUCCCAGGCGAGGAAACCUACUGGCAACAGGGUAUCUCUGCUUGCGCUGUGUGCGAUGGUGCUGUGCCAAUCUUCAGAAACAAGCCUUUGGCCGUCAUUGGUGGCGGUGACUCGGCAUGUGAGGAGGCGUUGUUCUUGACCAAGUACGCCUCCAAGGUUUACUUGCUUGUGAGAAGAGACGUCUUGAGGGCCUCUCCCAUCAUGCAAAAGAGAGCCACCACGCACAAGCAAAUCGAGGUCUUGUGGAACACCUCUGCUGUUGAGGCCAAGGGCGACGGCAAGUUGUUGAACAGCUUGGACAUUGUCAACAACAAGACAAAGGAGACGUCGUCUCUUCAAGUCAACGGUUUGUUCUACGCCAUCGGCCACAUCCCAGCCACCCAGAUCUUCGCGGACCAGUUGGAAACCGACGAGGCCGGCUACAUCAAGACGACUCCGGGCACUGCUGCUACCUCUGUUCCUUUCGUUUUUGCUGCUGGUGACGUGCAAGACAGCAAGUACAGACAGGCCAUUACAUCUGCCGGUACCGGUUGCAUGGCUGCCCUCGAUUGUCUCGCCAAGUUUGAGGAGGAAGAGGACUGA